AUGACCUUCACCAUGUCCUUCACCGUGACCUUCACCAUGACCUUCCCUGUGACCUCCACCGUGACCUCCUCCGUGACCUUCACCUCGGCACCUCCUCCACACCCUCCGUUCAGCCGUGCUCCCGUGCCCAUGGCAGUGGUGCGCAGAGAGCUGUCGUGUGAGGGCUACCCCAUCGAGCUGCGCUGCCCUGGGACCGACGUCAUCAUGAUCGAGAGUGCCAACUACGGCCGCACGGACGACAAAAUCUGCGACGCAGACCCGGCACAAAUGGAAAACACACGCUGCUACCUGCCCGACGCCUACAAAAUCAUGUCUCAGAGAUGCAAUAACCGGACGCAGUGUGCUGUGGUUGCUGGACCUGAUGCGUUUCCUGACCCUUGUCCUGGAACAUACAAGUACCUGGAGGUCCAAUAUGAGUGUGUCCCUUACAAAGUGGAACAAAAAGUUUUUCUGUGCCCUGGGCUGAUGCGCGGGGUGUAUCAGAGCGAACAUCUCUUUGAGUCGGACCACCAAUCGGGAGCGUGGUGUAAAGACCCUCUGCAGGCGUCAGAAAAGAUCUACUACAUGCCCUGGACGCCGUACCGCACCGACACUCUGACCGAGUACUCCUCUAAAGAGGACUUCAUCGCCGGGAGGCCCACCACCACUUACAAACUCCCCCACCGUGUGGAUGGGACAGGCUUUGUCGUUUAUGACGGUGCCUUGUUCUUCAACAAAGAACGAACACGCAACAUCGUGAAGUUUGACCUGCGCACGCGCAUCAAGAGCGGAGAGGCCAUCAUCGCCAGCGCCAACUACCACGACACAUCUCCGUACCGCUGGGGCGGGAAAACCGACAUCGACCUGGCGGUGGACGAGAACGGGCUGUGGGUGAUCUACGCCACGGAGCAGAACAACGGCCGGAUCGUCAUCAGUCAGCUGAACCCCUACACGCUGCGGGUGGAGGGCACCUGGGACACGGCGUACGACAAACGCUCCGCUUCUAACGCCUUCAUGAUCUGUGGUAUCCUGUAUGUGGUGAAGAGCGUUUAUGAAGACGAUGACAGCGAAGCCACGGGCAACAAAAUCGACUACAUUUACAACACAGAGCUCAGCAAAGACGGGUACCUCGACAUCCCCUUCCCAAACUCCUACCAGUACAUCGCCGCCGUGGACUACAACCCCAGAGACAACCUCCUGUACGUGUGGAACAACUAUCACGUGGUGAAAUACUCGCUGGACUUUGGAACACUUGACAACAGACCAGAGUCGUCUACAUCUGCACAUGUGUUUAUGGACACGACCACAACCAGGACUACCACAAGGCCCACCACCGUUACCAUGACAACCACCACUACAACCACAACAACAACCACCAAGUCUCCCACGCUGACCACGGCGGUUCGGUGGGACGGCAGCGACGCGGCAGAGGGCCACGCGCCGGAGGUCACCACGCGCCCAGCACCUUCAUCUCAGCUGCCCAAUAUAGCGGUGGAGUUCUGCAAUCCCGUGACAGAGGCUGACGUUUCCUGGCCCAGAACGCGUCAAGGCACGGUUGCCAGGCAACCCUGUCCAGCAGGAAGCAUAGGAACUGCCUCCUAUUUGUGUGUGGGCCCUGAAGGUUACUGGGAUCUCCAGGGACCAGACCUUAGUAACUGCACCUCUCCAUGGGUCAGCAUCAUUGACCAGAAGAUGAAGGCAGGGGAGCCAGCAGCCAUCAUAGCUCGUGAGUUGUCGGAACAGACAAAAGGUCCCAUCCAGGCCGGUGAUGUGGGCUACACGGUGCGAGCCAUGGGUCGACUGGUGGACCUGCUGGACGUGCAGCUGAGGAAUUUGACUCCUGGGGGGAAGGACAGCGCAGCACGCAGCUUGAAUAAGCUGCAGAAAAGGGAGCGCUCCUGCCGGUUCUACGUCCAGGCGAUGGUGGAAACGGCGAAUAACCUGCUCCAGGCUCAGGCCCAGGCAGCAUGGAGAGAGCUGCCUGCUGCCGAACAGCUGCGAUCUGCCACUAUGCUGCUCGACACGGUGGAACAGGGAGCGUUCGUACUGGCCGACAACCUGCUCAAGACCGAUAUCGUCCAGGAGAACACAGACAACAUCCAGCUGGAGGUGGCGAGAAUGAGCACAGAUGGGAACCUGCCUGAUCUGAAAUUUCCUCAAAACGGAGGAGGAGGCAACGCCAUCCAUUUAUCAGCCAACACACUGAAACAGCACGGUCGAAAUGGUGAGAUUCGAAUGGCCUUCGUGCUGUACAAACACCUGGGAGCGUUUUUGUCCACAGAGAAUGCCAGUAUGAAACUGGGCAGUGAAGCCAUGAACACCAACUACUCUGUGAUCGUGAACUCCCCUGUUCUCACCGCCUCCAUCAGCAAAGAUACAAACAAAGUGUAUCUGUCUGAGCCAGUGGUGUUCACUGUCAGACACCUACAGCAAUCAGGGGAGAACUUCAACCCAAACUGUUCGUUCUGGAGUUACUCCAAACGCACCAUGACUGGGUUCUGGUCCACUCAGGACUGCCGACUCCUGGGUACCAACAGAACACACACCACCUGCUCCUGCACUCACCUCACAAACUUCGCUGUUCUCAUGGCCCAUGUGGAAGUCAAGAGUGCAGAUCCGGUCCAUGACAUGCUGUUGGAUGUGAUAACGUGGGUGGGAAUCCUGCUCUCUCUGGUCUGUUUACUCCUCUGCAUCUUUACCUUCUGUUUCUUCCGUGGCCUCCAGAGUGACAGAAACACCAUUCACAAAAACCUCUGCAUCAGCCUCUUCAUCGCAGAAACACUCUUCCUCCUCGGGAUCAAUCGAGCCGAUCAGCCAAUUGCCUGUGCUGUCUUUGCUGCAUUGCUGCAUUUCUUCUUCCUGGCUGCAUUUACAUGGAUGUUUCUAGAAGGAGUCCAGCUGUAUAUUCUCCUGGUUGAGGUGUUUGAGAGUGAACAUUCACGCAGACGUUAUUUUUACCUCACUGGAUACGGUGUUCCCACCCUUAUCGUCGCUGUUUCAGCCGCUGUCGAUUAUCACAGCUACGGAACUGAACGAGUAUGCUGGCUCCGACUGGACACAUAUUUUAUCUGGAGUUUCAUCGGACCUGCCACUCUCAUUAUCAUGUUGAAUGUGAUCUUCCUGGGAAUUGCUCUCUAUAAAAUGUUCCAUCACACGGCCAUCCUGAAGCCUGACUCUGGAUGUCUGGACAACAUAAAGUCCUGGGUGAUUGGUGCUAUAGCCUUGCUGUGUUUGCUGGGUCUGACCUGGGCAUUUGGCCUAAUGUAUGUCAAUGAAAGCACGGUGGUCAUGGCCUAUCUCUUCACUGUCUUCAACUCACUGCAGGGGAUGUUCAUUUUCAUCUUUCACUGUGUCUUACAGAAAAAGGUGCGUAAAGAGUAUGGGAAGUGUUUGCGUACUCACUGCUGCAGUGGUAAAAGUGUGGACACAUCCCUGGGGUCUGGGAAAAGCUCAGGCUCGCGUGCUCAGGGACGCUACUCCACUGGCUCACAGGUACCUCACCAGCCUUGUAUGACAAACUGCUCACAGUUACAGUAUGAACAAAGCCGGAUCCGGCGCAUGUGGAACGACACAGUCAGGAAACAGUCUGAAUCCUCUUUCAUCACGGGGGAUGUGAACAGCUCAGCGUCCCUCAACAGAGGAGCCAUGGCCAACCAUCUAAUUACUAAUGCUCUGCUGAGAUCUCAUGGUUCCAAUAACCCCUAUAACACAUUGCUUGGGGACUCGGCCAUCUAUAACAACAUCUAUAACAACCCGUCUGUCAGCAUGUACAGCCAGCAAGAGCCCUACAGAGAGACAAAGGGAAUUCUGAACAAUGCCCGGGAUACAAGUGUGAUGGAUACUCUACCACUGAAUGGUAACCAUGCCAACAGCUACAGCCUGGCCAGUGCUGACUACCUUAGUGACUGCGUCCAAAUCAUCGACCGUGCUUACAACACACACAAAGAAACCACGCUGGAGAAAAAAAUCUUGAAAGAGUUGACGGCCAACUACAUCCCCUCAUACUUAAAAAACCAGGAGUAUGUAGCUGAGCACAGUCAUAACCUCGUCAACAAACUGGUCGACAACGUGAGUAACGGGGGCAAGGACACUCUGCCCGCCAGCCUGACACUGGGACUGGACGACAGCACAUCCUACACACACGACGACAGUUUGGGUCUGGAGCUCAUCCGUGAGGAAUCCGACGCUCCGCUGCUUCCUCAAAGGCCACACCCCCCCGCCCCCGCUCUCAGCCACCAGCCCCUGUCCUUUGGCCCCACCUCCACGUCAUCCCGCCGGCGGAUCCCUCAGGAAAACAGUGAGAGUUUCUUCCCUCUGCUGGGUGAUGAGCGGGCAGAAGACACGCCCUCUCCCCAGAGAGACUUGCUUUACACAAGCAUGCCCACGCUGGCCGACACUCCAGACCACGCCCACACCGAUAAGGAACCGGGCUCAGCGCCCCCUACCGGCAGGGUGAGUGAACCAGACGAUGUUUACUACAAAAGCAUGCCCAACCUGGGCUCCCAUAACCACUUACACCAGCUUCAGAGUUACUACCAGCUGGGCCGAGGCAGCAGCGAUGGCUUUAUUAUACCGCCCAAUAAGGAGGAGAUCUCACCUGAGGACCCGCCCCCAGAGCCAUCACACCUGGUCACCAGCCUAUAG